AUGCGCACAUCUUGCGGUCUCUCGUUGACCGUGCUGCAGUUGGCGGUGGGGCUGCUCACCUUGUUGUCCGUAGGAGUGCAAGGCAUCAUACCCCCGCAGAUCGUCUUGCAGAAGCGCAUCACUUCUCAAGCAGACGCUGUUGGCCUUGAACAGAUCCAAGCGCAAGAGCAGCAAGUUGGCAAUGGUACGUUUUACAAUGGAGCAAUGCAUCCAGGAGCGGAUCCCUUUACACUUUGGGACGAGCGCAGCGGCUCGUACUAUGCCUACUCGACGUCGGGGGCGGAGGGUAGCGGAUACCUGUUCGCAAUAUACAAGUCUCCCGAUCUCUCCACCUGGACAAAGAUGGAUGGAGGCGCGAUGAAGCAAUGCUCAGGCCGAGGAACGCCUCGAGAAUCGGGUCAAGCUUGCUGGGCACAAGAUUGGCACUGGGCCCCUGAAGUCUACCACAACAACCAAACCGGCUGGUAUUUUUUCUUUUUUGCCGGUCGAUUGCAAAAGGACUUGACAAAGCACUACUUCAGAUACUCCAAAUUCGAAGAGGGCUCAAAAAUUGGCGUCGCAGUCUCCAGAGAACCACACGGUCCUUUCGAGGAGAUCCAGCAUCGGCCCAUUCAAUACUUUCCAUUCGAUCCCGAUUACUAUGAUGUCAAUCUCAUCAUGGACGAAGAACAGCUCUUGCCUCCAAAAACGCAGCAGGAAGGCAGACAAGCACCGAAGGGCACAUUCAUCCCAAUGAUCGACGCCAACGUCUUUUUCGACGAGAAUGGCAAGAUUUAUUUGUACGGAAGUAGAAAUGCGUACAGAAAUUGGGUCUGGGAUGAUCAGCUCAACAAGUACAUCGAGUAAGUGUGCUGCUUGCUCAGCACGAAACUUCGGUGGGUGCCUCGACGUCACUGCUGACGGCUUGUGCGUGGGUCCAAACGAAACGUAGAGAGUCGAACGUCAUUGGCGUGCAAUUGACCACAGACUGGUGGGAGGAUCCAAACGCGAAAACGAUGCCAGAGAUCAUCAGUAGCGAAAAGGACAAGACCGCUCCAGAUGCUCCUGAUUUGCCUCGCAACAUCACUUCGUACAAUGGUACCGGAGAAAUUGGAAGUCCACGGAGGAAAGAGUAAGCGCUUAUGCUCUCCACUCACGGGCGCCGGCUGAAAAACUGUCUGCUGAUGUUUGUCACCAAAUGCGGCCCGAAAUGUUUAGCGGAUUCUACACGGUCAUAUCUUACCACGCCGAUCCGCAAUCCUGGUGAGUCGCAGUACCAGCUGCGUUCUGAUUCAGGUUGGACGCGUCCUUGACUAAGAGCACAAACAUCGUCGCCGCGGGUCAGGGAAAAUGCGCACGUCGAUGACUACCAAAAGUCCAACGGUACCAACAAGGAUCGAAGGUGGUCGGAGGGGUCAACGCUGAUCUCCCGCAAGCUUCGCGCAUCCAACUCCUCGAACACGACCUACCUCAUCACCUACAGUGCCAACAACUUCCAAUCGCCCGACUGUACGUCUUUCUCGCGAAUUCCCUUUUUCCGCGAGCCACCUUGCUAAGACUCCUCGCUUCCAUUUGGCGCUCAGAUGGGGUCGGCUUUGCGUACAGUCGUGAUUCUCCUCUCGGUCCGUUCCGCAAGUCGGCGAAGAAUCCCAUCCUGAGUUCCAAACCCAACUCCGACCCGCCAAUCUACUCGGUGGGACACGGGAGCAUCAUAGCGACUCCAUCGCCCAACACGCUCUGGCUGGGUGCUCAAGACGUCACUCACGAGACACCGAGCGGCUCUGAGUUAUUCUACGUUGUGAGUAGUCUUAAAGCACAAAGGCUCGAAAUGCUCGAAACUCAAACGGCGUCUAUUGCAUCGCGGAUGCGAACCGUCCAGCACCACGGUCGCAAUUCCACAAUGUCAGAUCGGUUCUUGUACACGACGCGGAUGAAGAUAGAUGAGAGUAGCACAGCAGAACAGGGUCUGGACUCGACGAUGUCCAUGUCCUUGACGAGUCAAGAUCAGCCUUUGCCACUCGAGGUCCAGCCCAUCACAUUUGGCCAGCUGUCGUGCGCCUUCUCAGAGACGCGCACGAGUCUGCUCAUUUCGGUCACUUCGCACCGAAAUGGCACCUUUGACAUCAGGGAAGGCACCAAUCGCGUCGUGGUGGUGGAUGCGGACGGAAGACCUCUGCUCGGUGAACCCCAACCUGUCAAUGGCAAACACGGCCUGUUCAUGCUAAGCUACAUCAAGCUCAAACCGGGAUCGGACAGCGUCAGGUAUGACCGUCUCAACCGCGCAGGCGAGUGGAAGACCGUCGUGACCGCCGAAGUACCAAACACGUGCGCCAGGUGCGUUUCACCUGGUCUAGAGCCAAGUCCGUAGCGCUGAACCCUUACCGCGACGAGCGUCGACCUCUGCACACAGUAGCACAGGUACCAAUGCGAUGCAAACUCAGUCCGGCACAUCUACUCGAUCCCGCGAAGGACAGCAAUGGUUGGUCAGCGCGGCAGAAGCGGCAGAAGCGGCGCGUGCUGCGACUGGCAGGGCAUAG